AUGGGGCUUGCUCGGGAAGGGGACGUGUCGGACCUGGAGAUCAUCUCCCAGCAGGUGGAGGAGGAGAGGCAGCGCGUGGCUCCCGUGCAGCUGGUCAGCUUUGCCUACCGCGACCUGCCCCUGGCCGCCCUUGACCUCUCGCUCGCCGGCUCCCAGCUGCUCUCCAACAUGGACGAGGACGACCAGAGGGAGAGCUCCAACUGGCUGAGGCCGUGCUGUGGGGGUCGGGCAGCCGUGUGGCAGGUGGUGCUGCUCAGUGCCGGCCUCAACUGCUUCCUGGUGGCUUCCGUCGUUCUGGUCGUCAUUCUCCUCAUGCUCGAGCUGCUCAUCGACGCCAAGCUCCUCCAGUUUACCAGUGCGUUCCAGUUUGCCGGAGUCAUUCACUGGAUAAGUCUUGUCAUCCUUUCCAUCUUCUUCACAGAGACCGUUUUCCGGAUAGUCGUCCUUGGGAUUUGGGAUUACAUCGAGAACAAAGUGGAGGUAUUUGACGGCGCCGUAAUCGUCCUGUCCUUGGCACCGAUGGUGGCGUCGACGGUCGCGAACGGUCCCAGCAGCCCAUGGGACGCCAUCAGCCUGAUCAUCACCCUCCGCAUCUGGAAAGUCAAGCGCAUCAUCGAUGCUUACGUGCUGCCGGUCAAAGUGGAGCUGGAGAUGGUGGUCCAGCAAUACGAGAAGGCCAAGCAGGUUCGUGAGGACCAGCUGGAGCGUCUGACGCAGAUCUGCCAGGAGCAGGCGUUCGAGAUCAGGCAGCUGAGGGCCCACCUUGCCCAGCAGGACUUGGACCUUGCUGCCGAGAGGGAGGCAGCAAUGCAGAUCCACCAUGUGUGGGACAAGCAGACCAACAAGUUUCAAGUGGUGGAUGGAUCGACCGCGGGAGGGUCCGACGACGAGGGUCCCGAGAACAUCAUCGGCCCCCACCCACCGCCAAAAGCGGCCACAAGGGAUGACAUGAACAAUUACAUCAGCCAGUACUACAGCGAGCCAAGCAGCGAGGCGGCAGGUCCAGAAGGCGGGCACCAUGUCAUCACCACGGCUGCCAUCGAUGUCCACCUUCCCAGCUUGCUUCCCAACGCCUCUUCGGACCUGCUGAGCGUGGAGAUGGCAGCUCAGAUGGAGUGCAUGAGCAGCUCGCUGAGCGAUGCCUCGGGCAGUGCCUCCAGGUCCAUAGACAGCAGCACCACCCAAGCCCAGAGCAUCAGCAGCCCGACCCUCGGCUCCUCCACGGACUGCAGCACCACCAGGGAGAUCUCCUCCUCCGAGAGUUACGUGCUGGAGAGGCCCGAGGUUCAUCACCAGAACAACACGGAGGCAGACAGCACCGUGCGGCAACUGCUCUCCACCUUGUCGGAGGAUGCCUGCCUCACUCAGAAAGGACUGGACCCAGUCAAUCUCAAGCCCCCCAGUCUACCCGGGUCCCUCAACGCCAGCCCAGAGCUGGGACACAGGAUCAACCUGUGCAACAAGAAAAACCAAGAUCUCCUCCACGCCUACCCAACAAAGCCAGUCAUCCGGAUCGAAGGCAAUGACCUUGCACUGGAUGAGAAGUACAGGCUCCUCGAGUCCCUAGAACCAACGGCAAACAGACUACCCGAGUCGUAGUUCCCGCCCUGCUCAGAGCAAGGCUCUUGUUUCUCUGGACCUGCUCUUGUCAAAAGCCAAGGAUCAGCAAUGGGGAACUAUCUCCUCACUCAGUGACCCCAGGAAAGUGGAAGGCCAGGGAAAGCCUGGAUGUGGAGGAAUCGUCUUGCUCAAAUACCGAGUAGGCGCAAAACGUUACGAUGAAUCCACAAAUCCUUUUUUUUUUGUACGUACAUUUUUUUUUAUUUGUGAUAUCAGUGCUGAACGUCGGUGGAAGUGCUUGCUGGGAUGCGUUCAGCAGCAGUGAGCGAAAGAGAUUUUUUUUUUCUAAAUGGACACAAUGACCUCCCACAUCGAUGAAUGUAUCUAAAGUGAAACGAGUCCCACUACAUCCAUGUGCCUGUCCAGCUCACAUCUCCUGAUGGCAACACAAUGACAAGCACUUGACUUGCUUGGCCUCUUCUCUGCCACUUCAAAAGGGGUUCGUCCAGAAAACCUCUGGGGGAAAAAUAGCCCGUACAGGUCUCGCACAUGCUGAUCCCAAACCAGAUCCCAACUCUCCAAACCCAAGGAUUCACAAUUGGCCGCAGAGGGAUUUGACAGUGAAGGGAACAAAAGAAUGUGGAGGGAAGGAGAGAUUUUGGCAAAGGGAUAUUUUGGGCAUUGCCAGAAUGCUUUCAUUUGAAAUUUUCAAUCGUCCAUUCAAGAUAUUGGGUAUUGAGAAGGGGGGGCGGGGGAGGGAGGAGAAACUAAUUGCUUCUGUUUAAAGUGUUGAUUGCACACACAACGUAACUGUAAGAUAAAUCAUUCUCGAACUUCAAACACAACUGUGGAGCAAUCGAUGGUGGGAGGAUGAUGACAGCUGGUGACGCAAGUGAACUUUAUGUUAUUGGCUGCCAGGCAGUUUGGAACAUUUGUGUUAGUUUAUAUGCAUCACAGUGUUAGUUGCCUGAUGGCUACUGGCCACUGAAAUGCUUUAAAACCACUGUUCACAGCAGUGCCAAGAUGCGUUCAGUAGGUGGGAGAGAAUGUGUUGGUGUUAAUGGUUUUGCACACAAUCCAGUUUUGCCUUGGAGAGUUUUCUUCAACCAGGUAGAUAGGGGUGCGUCAUGCACCUGCUUCCAGUUAGCCCAUCGGCUGUCAAAUAUUUACCAUUUGGGUAUUUAGUCAUGAACUAGUAACGAGAAAGAAUAAAAAAUGCUCCCCACAAAAAUAUGUUUAACUAAGACCUCCCUGGUCUUUCCCCCAUGUACUGCUCUGUCUGAUGAUGGGGUUGGAAUACCAUGGAGAGAGACAUCAUGCAACCAUGGGUUAUGGUCAAGGGGUGGUCAACUUUCUCAUCUAGUAACCCAGAGGUUUAGACUCAUGUUCCAGAAAUGACUUCUACCACACAGCUGGGGAAGUUAAAUUCAAUUAAAUGAGCAUGGAUUUGAAAUAUAUAUUAGUAAUAAUGUCCAUGCUAUCAUUAAAAACCUGCCUGUCCUUUUGGAGAGUAGUUAGUCGAUUGACUCAAGCGGAACAAGAUUCAAGGUACAAUGUUGGCCUUUGCGUUAUACAGCAUGGCAAAUGGAGACCAUCUUCAUUUCCAUGCAAAA